AUGGCCAACCUAUCUCGCCUUCAAUCUGUUAACAACUCUACGGGAAGAGGUGGGUUGCAGUAUUUUGAGACCUUUGGUCCUUUUUGGGAGUUAAAUACGCAGCCGACCCUGAAAACUCAGAUACAUCACAAGCCGAUUCACCAAUGGGCCAUUGCCCAUAUAAGAUGGGCAGUUUCUUUCUAUUACACCAUUUUAACUUAUCACCGCGGGCGUACCUGCGGAUCCUGGUCGACCAUGAUCGAGGGAGUCAUAGAGCGGCCCAUUUAUAACAAGUUCUUAGCCCCAAGGAUGAGUGGAAUCCUUGAAGAGGGAUGGAUCCCUGACAAAAGAUGGACUCCUCUUCUUAAGGAGCAAUUACCUCAAGGAAUUUCAUAA